UGUCCUUGGAUAGCCUUUGAAGUCUAUUAUCUCAAUUGAGUGGUCUUUGUUCGAGGAGAGAAGGCUUAUCUUACAAAAAUCGAGCUGGAACGAGCAGAGGUCUGUGAACUCGAGCUGUGAGAGUGCUGAGACUGUUUGGUCGAUAUCUCGAGUUUUACAAAUCCAAUUAAGGCGUGUGAGAUACCCACAGAAAGCUCUCAAGACGAGGAAUCCGUGAAGGUCUGGUUUGCAGGAAUCGGAGUUGUGGAAGGCUUCCAAAUCGUCCGAGAAAAACGCAACCUCGCAGGAGAGGAUUUAAUCCUCUAAAGAAUCGAGUUAGCCGGAAAACACCCGUUCUAGGGGCUGUUUUCGUAUCAACGAUUAAGGGUUGAACUAGCACUUUGAGGAGGCUGUUUAACACUCAUAUUUGAGCAAGGAAUCAGUUCCAAAUCCACCUUGACCAAAGCUUUGACCAUUGGACCAAGGAGGGAAAGUUUAAAGCUCAAUUGAGGUUGAGGCUAGAGCUUGCAUCCUGUGCUCGUUGAUCGAGUGAUUCCUCGGAGAGAAGACUUGAAAUGGACCGUGGUGGCAGGAUUACUAGGAGAAACCCGACCGGCCGUGUACCAGAGGAGACUGGACAGGGCAGUCGAAGGACCUCUAGGGCAUCUAGAGGAGCUGGCCGUGGAGGCCGAUCACAGACCGUGAGUGACGGUCAUGUCGACACAGAAAGUGAAACCUACUGGUCCUAUGAGGACUCGACCUAUCGACCGGAAACUGAACCGGUUGAGACCCCUUAUGAAGGGGAUGAUGAUGAUGUAAGUGAUGAGGAGGAAAAUGGCUCCUUAGCACGGAUUGAAGCACUACUUCAACAGUAUCACCGUGAGCGUGAAGAGAGGAGGGAACGCCGAAGGCGCCGGGCUGGGCAACCUUCGGGCAUGGCUUCACGAGGAGGAAGUCAUGGUGCAUCUAGAGACCAUGUGGAACCACGUGGAGGCCAAAAUGAUGGAGGUCCAACCAUAAGGAUCUCCAAAUACAUCAAAGAAGCAAGAGAUUUGGGGUGCAAACCCUUUGAUGGAGCAGGGGACAUUUUAGUGGCAGCACAAUGGAUCAAGAGGCUAAAUGAAGCGGCCCUUGACAUGCAAAUCGCGCCGAAUCUCAAACUGAGAAUUGCGGUAAGAUUGCUCGAGGGGAUGGCAUCCAAGUGGUGGGAUGGAACCAAGAACAAGUACGGUGAGACCGUCGUUUGGGAGGACUUCCAACGGGAGUUCUUUGCCCAAUACUAUUCUGAUUUCGAGGUGAAUAAGAAGGUGAGGGAAUACACCCUCCUAACCCAAGGGGGUAACAUGUCAGUGAAGGAGCUUGAGUACAAGUUCCGGGAUCUCGCCGACUACAUACCGGAGUAUGCUUGUGACGAGAACCGCAUGGUGAACCACUUUUGGGACGCUCUUGACUUGGAGAUACGUGAUAGGGCAACGCAAUUGCCUAAUAUGACUUUCGCCCAAGUGGUUGAACAAGCAUUGAAAGGGGAGAAACAGUGGGAGGAACGGAAGAAGAGAGACGCCGAAGAGGCGAAAAAGAGAAAGUGGGAGAGUCAUGGCUCCCAAGGUUCCAACAAAAAGGGGAACCACGGAGGAGGAUCUUUCCGGGCACCACCGCCACCGUCUAGGGGGAACCAAGGCCCGAGUGGGCAAGACUCGAGGUCACAAACCUCAGUGGUAACUCGUUGCAACAAUUGCAAGAGGAACCAUUCCGGUAAAUGUCGCGACCCCCCUAGAUGUUUCCAAUGUGGGGAUGCCGGGCAUUUGAAGGCACAUUGCCCACAACUGGGCGGGGCAAGGACAUCGGGACCAAGUAGUGGCCCGACGGGUACACGGAAUCAACCCGGGGCUUCUCAAGCAAGCCGGGGACAUGGGGGAGCAAGCGCGAGCAACGCGCCGUCCGUGAACCAAGGAAGGACCCAGGCUAGGGUCUACGCGAUGACGGAGGCGGAUGCUCAAGCUAAUCCGGAUUCCGUUGCAGGCUUAUCUUACAAAAAUCGAGCUGGAACGAGCAGAGGUCUGUGAACUCGAGCUGUGAGAGUGCUGAGACUGUUUGGUCGAUAUCUCGAGUUUUACAAAUCCAAUUAAGGCGUGUGAGAUACCCACAGAAAGCUCUCAAGACGAGGAAUCCGUGAAGGUCUGGUUUGCAGGAAUCGGAGUUGUGGAAGGCUUCCAAAUCGUCCGAGAAAAACGCAACCUCGCAGGAGAGGAUUUAAUCCUCUAAAGAAUCGAGUUAGCCGGAAAACACCCGUUCUAGGGGCUGUUUUCGUAUCAACGAUUAAGGGUUGAACUAGCACUUUGAGGAGGCUGUUUAACACUCAUAUUUGAGCAAGGAAUCAGUUCCAAAUCCACCUUGACCAAAGCUUUGACCAUUGGACCAAGGAGGGAAAGUUUAAAGCUCAAUUGAGGUUGAGGCUAGAGCUUGCAUCCUGUGCUCGUUGAUCGAGUGAUUCCUCGGAGAGAAGACUUGGUUCGUGCUUCCUCCAUUCUAUUUGAAACAUUAAUAAAUUUGCUCAUGGAUAUUUUACUUUAGAGCCUGCGUGCUCAUGUUUGCCCUGUGUGGCCCUUUUGUUUUAAACAAUGUUUUCCGCUGCGUAUUCAAUUGUUUAUUAUGUAUGUUUAUGGAUGACUUAUGUGUGAAUGAUAUUCAUGACGCCUUGUAUAAUAUGAAUGUGUUGGACUGCGGUUGACUAUUCGUAUUGUACGGCGGGUUGUUGACGUGUCCGGGGAGGCCCGGGGCGUGACAGUAAACAUGGCCGGUGAGGAGACUGGACUGCCCGAGGGUACAUAAAAUACCUGCGAUGAAGAGGCAGACCCGGUCAGCAAGGGUGGAGGACCUAUGGGUGCGGUAAGCGGCGGCAGAGACAUCAUAGACGACAUGGUUGUCGUAGAGGACCACGUAAAGGGAGUAGGCAUGCCAAACAUACGAUAGGAUUCCAGAGAUGGCAUGAUAGGAGGAUCUGUGCUCGAGCCAAAGCGAUGAACCACCGGGGAUGGAAUAUCCAGCGAGAAGAAGGUUGCGCCUGAGAAAGAGAGGGCGUCGUAGUGCUGUGAGGACUGACCGUCAAUGAAGAAGAAGCCGGCAUGGAAGAGAGAGACCCGAUUGCGGCAGUCAUUCCCGAUGCAGAAGAGUCGUGCGACAUUAUGCGGAAGGUUUAGAAAACCUAGCGACUGAUACCAUAUACAAUAUUAUGGAAUAAUGGCUUACCCUAAUAGGGAGCCCUGAUGGUAUAUUUAUACUAAACAGAGAAAACAAGAGAAUUACAAAUAUGUCCCGAUAUUUCUAUCUAUU